AUGGUCGAGGGCGGCGCAGUUGCGGCUGCGGACAAGACCGAGUUCACAGAAUGCUGGAGGACAUCGUGGCAAACGCCUUAUAUCACGAGGCUAGCCUUGUCCGCCGGCAUUGGCGGCCUCCUCUUCGGUUACGACACAGGUGUUAUUUCGGGUGCCCUUUUGUACAUAAGGGAGGAUUUCGAGGAAGUAGACAAGAAGACAUGGCUGCAGGAGACCAUAGUGAGCAUGGCCGUCUUCGGCGCCAUCUUCGGCGCGGCCUGCGGGGGCUGGAUCAACGACAAAUUCGGCCGCAGGAUCUCAAUAAUGGUCGCGGAUGUUUUCUUCCUCGUCGGCGCGAUGGUGAUGGCCAUCGCGCCAUCGCCGUGGGUGAUCAUCCUCGGCAGGAUUCAAGUCGGACUCGGCGUGGGGAUGGCUUCCAUGACCGCCCCACUCUACAUCUCCGAAGCCUCCCCUCACAGAAUACGCGGCGCUCUCGUCAGCACCAACGGCUUCCUCAUCACCGGCGGCCAGUUUCUCUCCUACCUUAUCAACCUCGCAUUCACCCACGCCCCUGGAAACUGGCGCUGGAUGCUCGGCGUCGCGGCCCUCCCUGCCAUCGUCCAGUUCGUGCUCAUGUUGCAACUCCCUGAGUCCCCGAGGUGGCUCUAUGUGCACGGGAAGGAAACCGAAGCUCGGGCCAUUUUAGAAAAAAUCUACCCUGCCAACGAGGUCGAGGAGGAGAUGGAGGCUCUUCGCUCCUCUGUUGAGGAGGAGGAGGAGAACUCUCUAAAGGGUGGACUUGUUGACAAGCUGAAGAAUGCAUGGGGGAAUAUUGUGGUAAGAAGAGGUCUUUACGCUGGUAUCACAGCUCAGGUGGCUCAGCAGUUCGUUGGUAUCAACACUGUCAUGUACUACAGUCCCACCAUCAUCCAGUUCGCCGGGUUUGCGUCAAACAAGACCGCCAUGGCGCUUUCCCUCAUCACCUCUGGCCUAAACAUGGUCGGCUCGGUAAUCAGCAUGUGCUUUGUGGAUAGAUACGGCCGGAGGAGGCUGAUGAUCUUAUCCAUGAUCGGCAUCAUCACCUGCUUGCUGGUGCUGUCAGUGAUCUUCUACGAGGCGGCGAACAUGUCCCCUCCAGUGAGCUCCGCGGAGACCGCGGUCUUCGGGGGCAACACCUCCUGCCCUGCCUACAUAGCAGCCCCCAACGCGGACUCCUGGAGCUGCACGCAGUGUCUUGGAAAAGACACUGCAUGCGCCUUCUGCGGCUCGUCCAUCAACAAGAAUGAGGCGGGAGCGUGCCUGGUCCUCGACGACGCCGUGAGGAGCACGUGCCGCGAGUCGAAGCGCACGUGGUACUCGCAGGGGUGCCCCAGCAGGAUAGGACACCUGGCUGUUCUGUUUCUUGCUAUGUAUAUAAUCGUGUACUCCCCCGGCAUGGGGACGGCGCCGUGGAUCGUGAACUCGGAGAUAUAUCCGUUGAAGUACAGAGGGCUGUGCGGGGGGAUCGCGGCUGUGUCGAACUGGACGUCGAAUCUGAUCGUGAGUGAGACGUUUUUGACGCUGACAGAGCAUCUGGGGUCGUCGGGGACGUUCUUGUUGUUUGCGGGGUUCUCGGCGGUGGGGCUGGUGGCGAUAUUCAUGCUGGUGCCGGAGACGAAGGGGAUGCAGUUUGAGGAGGUGGAGAGGAUGCUGAAGAAGGGCUUCUCUCCUUUUGAGAAGUAUAGGGAUCAGCCAUCUAAGGAUAAGGAAGUAGUAAGUGCAUGA